AUGGACUCGCACAAGCCCAGCGCUGUCUUGCCCCGACCACGAAGUGCGACAGUGGGAAGCGGUCGGAGCGGCAAGAGUUCCAAGUCUGCCGAGGAAUUUGGAGACAAGGCUGGAGCGUCCACCAAGACUUCAAUUACAUCGUCAUUCAAGUCAUUUGCCUCGAACCUUAUACGAUCCAAACCUACGCCUGCUCCCACACCUGCGCCCAUCGCAGCUGCAAGCUCACCUCCUCCCUCGAUCCCCCGCUUCAUAACACCACCGCCUCAAGGCUCGGGCCCCCAGACCAUUCGCUUAAUCCCAUCCCCUGGUCCCAACCAACUCCCUCGAUCUCGCUCAGCUGCCGACAUCCUCGAGGGCGUUGCAGUUCCAGCCCCUGCUUUUAAGAAAAUUGCAAAUGAACUGGCAGAAGCCGAGAAGCUUUUGAACGAAGAAGACGUCGACCAGGUCAGCUUUGGCUUUGGUGCUGCUGGAUACGAGGACCACAGCGCGCACGACGUCAGCAUGGGAUCCGUUUCGCUGCCCUUUGUUACCGAACAACACGAGGAGAACAAGCCCGAAGAGCCGUUUAACAAGCGUACUUCCUUUGUUUUCGGCUCCCCUCAACAUUCCGUGACCAAUGCCGAAUUCGGUGAUGCAGCCGCCGCUGUUUUACGAGAAAUGAAUGCUAGGAUGGGCGUUGCCAAUACAUCUCAGGCGCUGAAUAUCCAGCAGCUACAGGAGGUUAUGUCCAACGUAGGCAAACCUGUUUCCCCAAUCAAAACGGAGGGGAAAUCAGACGUACGGUUCGCGUCAAGCCAUGACAAAGAAUUUGCCAAGAUGGACUCUAUUGCAAAUCACUUCUCUGUACGUUCCAGGAAGCGCAAGUCGGAGCACACGGCAGACGUUGGCGAUACUACCUCGGACUCUAAAGUCUUCGUUAUGCAUCCUCGCCUAUCCGACGCUGCUGACACCGAUGAUUCCGAACGGAUCGUUAAGCGCGCACGCAUUUCUACCGCCGAUGAUAAGCCCACCGCUGGCGGAAAGACGGCCAAAGAUUCGGCUGCUAUCCGCGCGCAACUGGAAAGUCGGCGCAAAAGUGCCCGUACGAGCGCGGGCGUGUCGAGCCGAAAGAGCGCUGGCGCUACUCAACAAACCGCGAAAGGUGGCUUUGGGCUCAUGAAGAUGGUCAGGGGGAUUUGGGGUUCGAAGGAGAAGGAAAAAGAAAAGGAAAAGCCCAAGGAGCAGCCCAAGGACAAGGAGAACGAAAGGCCGGUGUCCGAAGUCCUAAAGAACUUUCCGUCUGUUCCUACCGAAAACCCUCUCCCCAACUUUCCUGUUGCACCGAAGGACAGGAUUGUAUCUGGAGGCAAGCAGUCGGUUGGGCCUAGCAAGAUUGCUCCCAAAGCUAGAGGCCAAGAGCUCGGACCGACCCGCUCGUUCCCCAUUGCACCUAAGCCUAGGGCCACUUCUGGCUUGUACGCACCCACUGCUGCAUCACUCGCCAGGCAUGCCACGACUUCCAGCUCAGCGACUAGGUUGACGAGUGCGACUGGAAGAUCCCGGGGUCUGGCGGCCGUCACUGCACCGGCGAAACCAGUCAUUACCAAGGCCACACUCGUACCGACCGCAAGACUACCCUCCCCACCAACGACCGAACCCGUUGGCUCUGGGCCGACCCGACUCGGUGCUAACACACCCAAGCCUGGGGCUAUUCCCUCAAGGCCUGCUUCAAGGGCUCUCCCCGUGCCACCUGCGACUGUUGGUCGGGCUGCUACCUCUGGAUCCACCAUUCAGGGUUCUACUCGAGUAGUUUCUCCCACGAUGAGAAGAGCCGCGACCACCGGAAGAGCCACAUCCCCUCCAAAUGGUCGUAAACCCGCUGUUAGCCCAGGGUCAAAGUCACCUCUCACAUCGAUCUUCAAGCAACCUCAGACGACGGACGCGAUGACCAUGCGGGGAAGUGCGCCCACCGUCCAGCCUUUCCGACUAAAUAAUGCUCCGACCCAGCCCCUGCAAAUCACCAAACGAAACACCAUCUCUAGCCCAUCGAAGCCCGCUGCUCGAUCUCCCCCUCCCCCUCCGCCGCCCACCACUCGACCCGUUCGCCGACCUCGUAUUUCGAGGAGCAAAGUUAUCGCAAAGCUUGGCGAGAAGCGUGCUGCCGUUGCGUCUCCACGGUCGAGCAAAACCCGGAGCUCGAUCCAGGGUCGGACGUCUUUUGGCGUCAAACCUGGCCCGGUACCGGUUGACGCAGCCAAGGCGAGGAUGAGGAAGAGCGAGGCCGCUAGCAGGCGUAAUCGCGUUGUGGACAAGGGCGUUGUAGGAAGGCGAAGCGAGGGUGCUGUUUUGAGACGUUAG